ACGGAGUAGCAGCGUCCAUGUCACUACCCUACUCCGUUCUCCGUACCGGUAACGCGCAUUCCACACAACUGGGAAGCACCAAAUCCGAGCUCUCCUUCCUCAACUUUUGCUGCAUUACACUAUCAGACGCCCAUUGCUCGCCCAACCACACACGUUCCUUCCCCCCUCCGAGGUAUAUAGUUUGUUUCCUCCCGCGUCACCGCCGUAGUGCCCCUCCUUCCAUCCCACAUGUCUACCAGACUCUUCCGUCCUUUUCAACGCAUCGCGACAUCUUCACUUUCUACAACAUACCGAACCUUCCAUUCUACAUCGCCCAACAUGGUUGUCCAUAACGUCCGCAGCGCCGAGGAGUGGAAGGAGACCCUCGCCAAACACCCUGUUGUCCUCCUUGACUGCUUUGCCACCUGGUGCGGUCCUUGCAAGGCCAUCGCACCCCACCUGGUCAAGCACUCGGACAACGAGGAAUUCAAGGACGUCCACUUUGUCAAGAUUGAUGUCGAUGAGGUCCCCGACGUGAGCCAAGAGCUCGGCAUUCGUGCCAUGCCUACCUUCAUGUUCUUCAAGGAUGGCAACAAGGCCCAGGAACUCGUCGGCGCCAACCCCCCCGUUCUUGAGAAGACCAUCAAAGCUGUUGUCAAGGAAUAUAAGGAUGCGGAGGCUGAGAAGGCCAAAGCCGCUGGAUCGACCGAGGAGGUCCCCGCCGAGAAGGCCGCAGCAACUGAGGAGGUGAAGCAGGAGUAAGGAAUGAACAUGUGUGCGUCAAGAGGAGGGGGCCGAAAGGAAGACGGCUACCACGUGUAGGGCGUGUCCAUAAUUUAAGAUACCAUAUAAGAAGAGAAAAAAAAACUGAUCUUAAGACUUGCAGGAGGUCCAGGCCGAGAACAG